GCCACAGUCUGUCCCUCCCAUCACCUCCUUCCGCUCCAGGGCACGUUUGCACACCAACACCUCCAGUGAGGGGAUGACAUGUAAUUCUCUUGCAUCAUUAUCUUUCUGAUGAAACUUUGCUUGAAUUCCUAAUCACCUGGAGUUUGGGCCCCCACCCCCUGGACGAUGCCCCAGGCACCCUGGGACAGGUAUAAAAGAGCUGAGCUCCUUGCAGACCUCUAUCCACAUCCCUCCACUUGACUCUCCUCAGCAACCGGAACUCCUUGUCUGUGUGACCAUGUCCUGUGGCAGCCUGUGUGUCCCCUCCUGUGGGGUGGCCACCCCGGCCCCUCUGGCUGACACGUGCAACGAGCCCUGCGUGCGGCAGUGCCCCGACUCCACGGUGGUGAUCCAGCCCCCGGCCUCAGUGGUCACCUUCCCCGGGCCCAUCCUCAGCUCCUUCCCCCAGCAGAGCGUGGUUGGCUCAGCAGGAGCCCCCGGCGUUGGAGGGGGCUACGGUGGCACUUUUGGAGGCCGUGGGGGCUACGGAGGCUACGGGGGUUAUGGUUAUGGGGGUUGGGGCUAUGGAGGCCUUGGGGGCUAUGGGGGUUGGGGCUAUGGAGGCCUUGGGGGCUAUGGGGGUUAUGGCUAUGGAGGCCUUGGGGGCUAUGGGGGCUGUGGCUAUGGGGGUUAUGGCUAUGGAGGCCUUGGGGGCUGGGGAGGCUAUGGGGGCUAUGGCAGCUGUGGGUACGGGGGCUGGCGCCGUGGCCACAGGUACCUGAGUGGCAACUGCGGGCCCUGCUAAGCCCCAGCCCGAGCCCGGCCACGGAGCCAGGAGAGCUCCAGAAGAGCCACUGGCACAUCCCGACACGACCCUCUGUGGAGAAACAGCCCUUCAGCAUCUCUGGCUCCAGAGCCUGGACGCCUCGUGCCUGCCUGGGAACCAGCUCUGCCUUCCUGCUGCCCCCCCUGAGCCCCCCCAGAGCCUCGCUGGCCCUGCUGACAGACACUCGCCCUGGCUCCUGCUCCUGUGCCCGGCUGGGGCUCCUCGGAGCUCUGCCCGCUGCCAGGAGACGGGGCUGCCCUUGGCCAGGGCCCUGCUCU